GAUGCCGCAAAUUCGUUUUUCAACACCAAUCGUCACAGCCCUGUUUUGCGCUGCUUUUUUUGAAAGAAAGAGUAAAAAAAUCUGCAAUGGAAAUUGAUGAUAAAUCUAACACGAUGAUGGCCACUGGGACCCAAGACUUAUUAGAGGAACGUGACUUAGAGCUGAAAAAAGUCUUAAAGCUGAAGUUAAUAUUGAAUGAAAUUCGUAAUUUAAAUCUUGGACCUGAGGAGACCCCAGAAAUUAAACGAGCUCUCAAAUUGGUUUCGGUAGCCGAUUAUAUACGUCUGGGUGAUGAUCAGGAGCAUUUGCUAGACUUGCAGGAAUGUAGUAGAUGUCCCCCUCUCAGUUAUAUUGACAGUAAAGCAGUUCGCACCAAAUUGGCAGAUAACUUGCGUACGGUCCUAACGCCAAUCGCACAGUUGGGCGAUAAAAUACGUGCUGAACUGCCGGGUGCAUUGGUAAGGGAAGAGGAGGCGCAGUUAACGCAAGGACAGCAAGAAAUAAUUAGAAUGCAAAAGGAGCAACGUGAUUGCUUGGAGAAGUUGGUGCAUAUGACCCGGCACAAGUGUGCGCUUAUGAUGAAGGCUGCCGAGUUAAAAAUGGGUCCACAUCUGGGACAUGAGCUCAAAUUGCAGCAAGCGCAGGCGCAACUACUGCAAACAAAGGCCGACUUGCUGCGUAUGUAUUUCAUAAAUGAGAUAUUCUCGCGCACAGAUCACAGCUUAAAGGCUCACGAGGAAGUGGACAAGUAUAUUGACGAGCUGCUGAGGGCCAAUCAGACUGAGCGUCGUUAAAAAGCCAUAUCAUAUAUAUCAUAUAUUUAAGUAAAUAAAAUAAUAAAAUAA